UCAUUUCUCCUCCAAGAACGUAUGCCAUGAAAAAGUAGUGAAAAAACUAGAUAAGGAAGGCAAAAAACCCAGAGCUCAAAGAUGAGCUGCUAUUUCGGCCUCCAACUCCAAAUCCCAAAAGCUUUACCUUCUCCUUCACCUUCUCAAACUAAAGCUCCUCUGUGUCUCACAUCCAAAGACAAGCCAACUCUCCACAUCAAGCCUAAUAAGGAACCUCCAAGGAUCAGCCUAAACUCAAUUCACUUCUAUGAUGCAAAAAAAUGCAGCUUGGCAAUUCAAGUUGGUGCACUUCUGGCCACCCAACCAGCCUUGGCAGUUACGGGUGUAAAUCAUGAGCAAGAUCUCCUUACUGUUGUGAUACAGCUGGGGAUUGUGGCUUUUGGGUACUUCAUCAUCGCGCCACCAAUCAUAAUGAAUUGGCUAAGGAUAAGAUGGUACAGGAGAAACCUCUUGGAGAUGUAUUUGCAAUUCAUGUUUGUCUUCAUGUUCUUUCCUGGUUUACUGGUUUGGGCACCAUUUCUGAACUUCAGGAAGUUUCCACGAGAUCCAUCCAUGAAGUACCCUUGGGACACACCUAAAGACCCUUCACAAAUCAAAAAUGCAUAUCUGAAGUAUCCCUUUGCUGAACCUGAAGAUUAUUCAUGAAAUUCUACACAAUUCCAAUUGUUCCUCCUCCUGGGAGUCUCAUUAAGAUUGCCCUUAGGCAGGAUACUGCUUGUAUAAAAAUUAAACAUGUGCCUUUCACAUACAAAACUGAUAUCCAUGAUAACACCAAUUCAAUGCAUAGCUUUUAUCUUUUGUCACCUGCUA